AUGGACUUGGGGCGCAAUAAUGCUCCGAGUGAUGAUCCAUCCUCGCCUCGAGAUGACAGUAGUCACUCAUCAGUUUUGUCAGCCCUGUCGACGUCCACGCAGGACUACCUCUCGCAACUCUUCUGGACAACAUACAAUGAUACAUUCCCUUUUAUCAACAAGGAACUUUUUUUACAAGCGAAAGCGCAAGAUAACCGCGACUACUAUUCGAAGACAUUGGAACUAUGCAUUUGGCUUGCUGGAGUCCGCUUUGCCGAUCGCACGCGCACUGACAUCGCAGUGCUGUUUGUGCCGCAUACCGCCGAGUGCAGAUUAUAUCGGCUUGCAAAGGAGGCUGUCGAGGCUGACAUGGAGACUCAAACCUGCCUCCCGCUCGUACAAGCCUUCCUUCUUUUGGCAGAUAUGGAGGCAUCUCUGGGACACUACAGUGCUGGGUGGAUGUAUAUUGGCACGGCUUUCCGCAUGGGCCUCAGCAUGGGCCUCGACUUAGACAGCACUUACCGAGAGCUUCUCCCACACGAAGCCGAAGUUCGCCAGUUUACCCAUUUCAUGUGCCUCGUCAUGGAAAGGUACUUCGCAGUGGUCUUGAAACGAUCUCCAAUGGUGAAAAGUUUUGAUGUGAAAAUACUCGACUGCUAUUCUCAAAUGUUGGUCUCAUCUAGAGAGCUCCCUCGUCCUCUUCAAUGUUGUCUUCAGCUAUUUGAGCCCCGAAGAACUUUAUAUGAAGUCAUCGCCGCGAGCAACGCUAUGCAGAACCUUGGAGCUCAUCGAAGUGGCCAUUUUGUCCAUCGCGACCAUCUCAAGGCCAUGGCCUUGACAAGAGAGCUUCAGAGGAUUUACCACAAUCUCAGUGGAGGGGCAAGCUGGACGCCGGAAAAUGUCAAUCAGGCCCAUGGCGGUUUCUUCCUCUUCCAUCAGCGAUACUACAUAAACUUGAUCCUGAUCCAUCAACAAUUCGCCCAGUUCGCAUCGUUAGACCCUCUUGAUGAUCUUCAUACAAGUAACGGUAUUCUUAACACCAACGGCGAAGCUCCCAGUCGCUUGUGCAAAAUGACACGAAUGUUGUGCCUUGCCUACUCCAUCACUCUUACCCGGAUUCUCAAGAUUCAUCAUGAGAAGCGCGGCGGACGUCGAAUGGUCUUCCAGGUUCUUGGACAUGUCCAAAUCGCGGCGAAUACACUUCUCAAGUGCUUGAUCCACAUAAAAGACACAAAUAAGCAGCAGAAAGCGCUCGGCUUUCUGGAAGACCUUGUGGUCAUCCUAGAAAGCCUCGAACUCUUGUAUCCUGUUGCCAGUGCCUCCCUGAGGUCACUUAGGCGUUCGUUGAUAAGGCAGCGGCAGGAACUUUCUUUCGUUUCUAGCUUAUAUCACUCUCCCGAUCGACUGCCCAGUACCGAUGCAGAAUGUGAAACCAUACAAGGGACACAUGUCACAAAACCUCUGACCAUGAAUAAACUUGCUACCCCAUACAACACGGAGACCCUCUGUAUGUAUCAGCAAUCACCUUGUGUACAUACUACAUAUCCGAUGGAAUUACAUGUUCCAUCAAUCUCCGAGGAUAUAUCAACGGCUCUGGAUGAUUUGGCUACGAAGAAUGGGAAGGAGAGCUAUUCUUCCGUGGGCCACUUUGUGGAGUUCUUACCGGCGGCAUCACAACCUGAUGUAGUCACCCCUAGGGGUACAGAGAAAGGCGUGACCAAUGUUCGAGACUCCAGCCUAGACACGUAUCAGCAUCUCUCAUUCGAUACGUAUGACGAAGACAACCUCUUCUUCGCAGAAGAAUUCCUCAACAUUGAUGCCGAAGCGAAUGCAGACGACGACUUGGACCUCGAUUCGUUACUGCCGCAAGCUUUUUGGCAGACCAGUCACACUCUUGGGGCCUUUUCGCUAGCAAGUGAUCCCACCGUGGGAAUCCAUGCACACAUCGACGUGUUUUGA